ACAAAGUGCAAUUGAUAAAAUUAAAACAGCUCCUCGGCUCGCAUAACAUGCAAAGAAAGUCAAAGAAUGCGGUGUGCUCUUUUUCGUAAAAUCUUUAUUUAGUAUCUUUUUAUGAGUGGGAAAAUUGCGCGUAAUUACACACACAAGGACACACCCUGGAGAAUCUGGUGUCUCAAAUGAGAUAGAGAAACAAGCUUGUCGGAUCUCAUGACCAGCGGCUACUCUAAGCGUGCAUCAAACUGACAUGCGCAGUCACCUUCUAGUCCUCGUGCAGCGAGUGGGUUUGUGGACAUGGCCUGCAAGUCAGGUUGCAUUUUGUCCAUCUAAUGCCAACAAAUUUUAAGAGAACUGAUUGGAGUCAAGGGAAAAUUAACAUUUGAUAAUUUUCAGCAAGAGAUGUUUUCUUUCCUUCAAGAUUAAACAUGAUUCCCGGUGCAUUGACAACGAGUCGUUUAGGCCCGACUGGCCUAAAUUUUGGAAAAGAAAGUAAAUGGUAUGUGACACAUAUUGAAGACAACAGUGGUUUCUUUUACUUGCAGCAAAGCGACAGUUCAAUAUCAGUGAAAUAUGAACGGCUCAGCCAGGAGAUGGAAUCGGCAAUUGCGGCAGGCAAGCUUCCAUGCUUCAGCUCAGUUCCUGGAAUUGGUGAGCUGUGUGUUGCGCAGUUCACCGAGGACGAGCUGUGGUACAGGGGGCAAAUUUUGAGCAUAGAUGAAGAAGAUAACGCAGAACUUAUUUUUAUCGAUUAUGGAAACGGUGAGGUAUUGCCUUGGAAAGCAUUAAGAGUGAUCCCAGAAGAAUUCAGAGAGCUGCCUCCACAGGCAAUUCAAUGUCGUCUGGCAAACAUAGACCCAGUUGGGGGAAUUUGGAGCAAGAAGGCAAUAAAGCUUUUGAGGGAGUUGGUACUGGACAGAGAGCUUGUUGGGGUCCCAACCCAUUUGUGUAAAACAGGAGCUGUAGUGAUAAAGCUUUUUGGAGAUGUUGAGAAAUCAGUUGUGGUUGCCAAACAACUUGUGAUUGCUGGUUUUGCCCACUGGAAAAAAGUGAAGUCCUCAUUAAGCCAGUCAAGCUCUAGCACCUCCAGCUCAGUUAGCGCUUCACUGUCCGUCACUGCUAAACCAGGUGGACCAGGAGAGGUACAUCUUAAAGCUGGUUCUCAUUAUGAUUUGUGCCUUUCACACACAGAUAGCUUGGAUAGCUUCUACUGCCAACCAAUUCAGUAUAGGGAGAGUUUCAGGCAGAUGGAUGAUGAAUUGCAGCAAUUUUAUAGCUCAAGCCAACAUGACAGUCUCAAUCUGGUAAACAUGAAUGUUGGCCAAUUCUGUUGUGCAAAAUUCUCAGAAGAUAAAAGAUGGUAUAGAGGCAUCAUAAAGCAAUUGCAUGGGGGCAACAGGUGUGAAGUGCAGGCUGUUGAUUACGGACACAGAGAAGCGUUCCCGGUUUCAGUGAUAAAGGAAUUACUCACCAAAUUCCACAAUCUCCCAGUUAUAGGUCUCCAUUGCGGUCUCUGUGGUAUCAAACCAGCUGACCAGGAAGCUGCAUUUGAUGAAGAAAUUGUAAAGAAAUUUGAAGACAUGAUCAUAGAUAAAGAUUUAGUAGGCCUUGUAAAUACAGUUGAGGACUCAGGGAAAGUCCUUUUAACAAUUUAUGACACAACAGAAUCAAGGGAUGGGGUAAAUGUCAACAAAGAGCUUGGUAAAUUAAGCAAAGUAGUAUUUGAGAAAAGCAAAGAGGAAUCUUCUGGAAGAAGCUUCAGUUCACAAAGUGUUGGUCAAGCAAGUGUGCAGCUACAUUUUGUGGGUAUGAGUUUGAACCCAGGUGAUGCUGAAGUUGGCUAUGUAGCAUUCGCAGUAUCACCAUUUGAUUUUAGCUGCCAGGUAGCGAAGAAUCUUACAAACCUGGAUAGCAUGAUGAAUGAUUUGAAUAAUGAGUAUGCCAGUUUGAAGCCAGGACAACAGAAACUGCAGAUAUUUCAACCAGGAACUCCAUGUUGUGCAAGGUACAGUGAAGAUGGCAGGUUCUACAGAGCAGAGCUGGUCAAAGUUGAAGGUCUGAAUGCAAAGAUAUUCUUUGUUGAUUAUGGAAAUGAUGAACAAUGUAGAGCAGACGAGUUGAAACAUUUAAAAAAGGAGUAUCUAAAGCUACCGAAGCAGGCUUUCAAGUGCAAACUUUCUGGAAUUGAGAUUCCUGCUAGUGGCAACUUUUCACUAGAUGCAUGCAAGAAAUUCAAUGAUAUGGUCAUUGACAAAGAGUUUACCAUCAGUAUCAUGCAAAUUGACUCUGACGGUUGUGCAGAAGUAAGCUUAGUGGAAAAAAAUGACAGCAAUGUAGCAAGGUUUGAUGCAGCAGAGGUGUUAAUUGAAUCUGGCUUAGCUUCACAGGCAAAAUCCAGUUUCACAGGAAACCUUGGACCUACAGUAACCAAUAAGCCAUAUACAGAAGUUGAAGUUCCAAUUGGUGACUAUGUAGAUGUAAUGCCAACAAGUGUUGUCUCACCAGACCAGUUUUGUUGCCAGCUCUUUGAGAAAUCUGAUGAAAUAGAUGAGAUGAUGGCAGAGCUGGAAAAUGCUUAUAAAAAUAGCCAGGUUCCCAGGAACAUGCAGUUGAGGAACGGAAUGCCUUGUGUUGCCUUAUAUCCAGUUGACAAUCUUUGGUACAGGGCAGUUUUGGUACGUGCAGUAGGCCAACAGGUUGACGUCAGCUAUGUUGAUUAUGGUAACAACGAAACAGUCUCACGUGACAACAUCAGACCAAUGUAUGCAAAGUUUAUGUCAUUGCCAGCGCAGGCCUUUGUUUGUUCGCUUGGUGACGUCAGACCCAAAGACAGCAGUGGUUGGUCAAAAGCUUGUAUAACUGAGUUUUCCAAUAUGGUCGUUGAAAAGCAGUUGAUCGUUUUGGUCAAGAGAAAAGACAAAAGCAACUUACAUCACGUCGAAUUACUGGACACUUUAACCAAUCGAGAAAAACAAACAAGUAUCGCGGAAUUGUUGAUAGAAAAAGGUUUUGCACAGGCCGUUGCUCCAACCCAGGGUGCAGCUAGCUCUGUGGGUGCAGCUAGCUCUGUGGGUGCAGCUAGCUCUGCAGGUGGGCCUGUCCAAGGUUCUUCAUCAGAGAUCCCAACUGUCAAUGUCAAAGAACAAGAAGAUGUUGAGAUCACGUUUGUCGAGAAUCCAUCUUCGUUCUUUUGUCAGCAAACAUCUGUAGCCGAAAAAGUGGAGAUUUUAAUGGGAAAAUUGGAAGAUACAUACUUAAAUAUUGGGCCUAAUGAUUUAAAGAUGACGUCACCGAAACAGGGAAGCCUUUGUGCGGCAAAGUUCAGUGAAGACGGGGCCUGGUACAGAGCGAGGAUCGUAAAAGUUGUCGAUAGAGCGAAAGUUGAAAUUCAGUACAUUGACUACGGGAACUGCGAGGUGGUUGCAUUGAAUGAUUUGAAAGAGUUGAAGGGGGAAUUCCUGAAAGAUGCGGCCUAUGGUCUACACUGUUCGUUAGCUGGGAUAUCAUCUACAUCUGGAAACUGGGACACAUCCAGCGUCGAUCGAUUUAAAUCAAUGCUCGAUUACAAAGUACUCAGCGCCAAGUUUCAUACAAAACAACCCCCAUAUCAAGUCUCGCUUUUCGAAGAUGGAAAAAGCCUUGCUGAGACAGCUCUUGGUCAAGGUAUUGGGAUCGCAGCAGCUUCGUCAAAUCAAAACCAGGGGUACAACAAUCGUAAGUUAGAUGUUGGCGCAGUGGAAAGCGUCUACGUGGCACACAUUGAUGGCAUGAGUAACAUAUACUGUCAAUUGACACGAACAGAGAAUGAUUUGUAUGCCUUAAUGGAUGAAAUCGCAAAGAAGGUCAACAGUUUGCCAAAAGUCUCAUCUGUGACAACCGGAAAAGCAGUUUGUGCCAUGUUUAGUGAAGACAAUGGAUGGUAUCGCGGAGAAAUCGAGGAUGCACGUGGAAGCAGCUCAGCCCGAGUUCGUUUUGUAGAUUACGGCAAUUUCGAAGAGGUGAAGAUGGCAUCAUUACGAGAAUCGGCAUCGGAAUUUCUAGAGCAACCAAAGCACGCCCUUCUAUGCUCAAUAGACGACGGCAAUUUAAUGUGGAAAGAUAAUGCGGCAGAUCUCCUACUGCAAUUGACUGGAGACAAGGUAAUCAGUAUGGCUGUGAAGGCGAAACAGGGUGGGAAAUACCUGGUCGAGCUUCGUGAUGAAUCUGGCAUGGCCUUAACCUCAAAACUUGCAACGCAGAAGAACUCCCCCGCUGGUCCUCAGAGAGAUGUACGUCAGCCUCUAAGGAAUUCAGCAAGUGCAAGACUGCCUCUUCCAAAGCCCAAGACAGGUGUCGAGAUUAGUUUUUACGUCACACAUGUAGACUCUCUAUCUGAAAUAUACAUUCAAGACGCUUCAGAUACCGAUAAGAUUGACGAGCUCAUGCAAAAGCUUGAAGAAGUCCCAAAGGAAAAAGCCGGUAUCCAAACUGUAGAACCCGGGCUCCCAUACAUUGCUAUUUUCUCAGAAGACCAGGCACCGUAUCGAGCGGUAGUUGAGAAGAAGACCGGUUCAAAUGUAACAGUCCGGUUCGUUGAUUACGGGAAUGCGGAAGAAAAGAGCAUCAGUGAACUUUUCCGAUUACCUCAAGACAUGUUGAACAUCCCGUCGUUUUCCAUCAAAUGUUCCUUGAAAGACGCAAAGAUGCCAUCCAAUGAGAGCGGUCUGGAGAAAUUCAGAGAGAUUGUUUUUGACAAAACGCUGAAAGGUAAACUGGAACCUCUUGGAUCUGACACUUUCGAAUUAGCCAUAGCAGAUGAAUCGAUUGCCAGACAGUUUUGCAGCCAAUCAUCAAACUCACAAACUGCCUUUGCUGAUAUCAAGAUAAACCCUGGCGCCAGCCUCGAUUGCUACAUCUCUCACAUCGAAGCCCUGACUGAGUUCUAUGUUCAGCCGUGUCAUAUUGAGGCUGACCUCAAUCUCGUUGCUACCCAAGUGGCAAAAGCGGGUAACUUUCCUAGCCUUAACCAGCCUGUACAAGGGCAAGUUUGCUGUGCGAUUUUUUCCGAGGAUGGCCAAUGGUACCGUGGACAAGUUUUAGAAACAAUGGGGGUAAAAGUGCGAUUUGUCGAUUAUGGCAACAGCGAUAUGGUGGACAGAACUAACGUCAAAUCAGUACCCGCUGAAUUGCUCAAAGUCCCGCGUCUAGCAAUCCCAUGCUCCUUUGCUGGCGUUCAACAGUCUAGAAAUGAUGACAUCGAGAAGUUCGCCAAUACUACACUGGAUCAGGUUGUGUCUGUAGCAUUUAAAGGGAAGGACUCAAGUGGACAAAAUACUGUUACUUUAUGUCUUGAUGGCAAGGCACUUAGCUUUGGCAAAUCGGCAAAAAACCCUGGCCUGCAAGCAGAGACGAAGAAAGCUGCCGCUAUGACGCAUUCUAGUGCCCAGUCCCCAGCUGUGAUCGUUGAGUUCAAUGACAAAACACUGAGUUCAGGCACUGAACUGAAGGUGUUUGUCAGUUAUGUUGUUACUGCGCAGGAGUUUUAUUGCCAGUUAAGCGAAGACACUGGCAAGCUGGAUGCCCUUAUGGAAAGGCUCCAUGAAUACGCUGGAUCUGCAGGUGGACUUGUGUCAUAUGCCUCAGGGGUACCUUGUGCUGCAAAGUAUAGUGUCGAUGGUGGUUGGUACAGAGCUGCUCUCGAAUGUUUGGAUAGUCAAACGCACGCCAAAGUGAAAUUUGUAGACUACGGCAAUUUUGAUUCAGUUGCAAUUGCAGAACUGAAGGAGUUGACUGGUGAUUUGUUGGAAGAACCAGCGUUUGCUGUCAAGUGCAGCUUGGUUGGUGACGUAGGACCGGCGACAGAUUUUGAAAACCGUGUCAUGGAUCAGGAGUUGACGCUGAAAGUCAUAGGGAAACAAGGUGGGACAUAUAUGGUUGAUUUGAUUUGUGGCAACAAGAGCAUCGCCCAGGAACUUUCCAAGCAAAAGGCACCUUCGAAUCCAGGUCCAAGUGCAAAUGUGGCAAGUUUUAAGAAACCGGAAUUGCAAAUCGAAAGCGAUUAUGAUGCCUAUUUCCUUGAUGGAACUUCACCAAGCAAGUUUUAUUGCCAGUUGGCUAAGGAUGAAAUUCCAUUUGAAGCCCUGAUGACUACCAUUUGCGAGCGUGCGGGUACUUUGCCGAUGCUGGGUCACGUGAAGAAAGGAAUAAGUUGUAUUGGGCUGUUUAGUGAAGAUGGUAGUUGGUACCGAGGCACGGUGUUGGAAAUGAGGCAGGGAGAAGCAAGGCUACUGUUUGUUGAUUACGGAAACGAAGAAUGGGUGAAGAAUGAAGCCAUUAAAGAAAUUCCCGAGGACAUGCAAACUUUGCCACUGCAGGCAGUUCAGUGCUGCUUAGCGUACGCACAGCCAGCAACAGGCACAUGGAACGACCAAGAAAAAGAGUUGUUUAAAGGUAGAUGUGCAGACAAGACGUUCUCCCUGCAUGUGAUCUCAUCAAACAGCGAAUCAUUUUCUGUUGUUUUGAAGGACAAGAGCACUGGCGAUAAUAUCAACGAUUUGUUUGGCAAAUCAGUAGAAGAAGAAGCAAAGAGGCCAGCAAAAUCAAGCUCGCAAGGAACAGCCUCAUUUCAGGAAUUGACCGUAGCCAAAGAAACGAAAUACGAGGCUCUGGGCACAUUCGUCAAGCCAACAGGGCACAUUUCCUGCCAACUUGUAAAGUACGAAGGACCCUUAGGUAGCUUAAUGGAUGACAUAUCCAUAUAUUGCGACGGUAUUUCCAAGAAGGUGUCGAAUCCAGUUGUAGGCCAGGCUUGUUUGGCGCUCUUUCCAGAAGACGAUUCGUGGUACAGGGGGAAGAUUGUUAAGGUUGGUGGAGCAAUCACAGUAAAGUUUGUUGAUUUCGGAAACGAAGCUGAUGUCCCUCUGGAUGAUAUACGAGAAGCAAGACCCGUUGACCUCGAGCUGUCGGUCACGUGUCUUGAUUGCAUUGUGCCAGGAAUCCCAGUGAGAGAAGACGUAAUUUCAUUUCUGGAAGAGCAAUGCGUCAAUCAAGAGCUGAUUGUUGACGUAAAGGAUGUUACUGGCGAGUCCUCAGCUAUUGCCCAUAUUUCCUUAUCAGCUACUGGAGAGUCGAUCAAAGAUAUGGUGUUAAAAAAGUUUUCAGCUACACUGCCGAAAGAAAGUGACACCUCAAUAACGUCUACUGCUCCUGCCAAGAAGUUUAAAUACUCGAAAGUUGAUUUUGAAGUCAACUCAACAGAAAACAUGCUGUGCAGUUUUGUAAGAUCACUUGACACAGUCGAGGCUCACGUGCUCAGGUACUCAAAUGAAUUCGACGAAAUGAUGGAUAAAAUCGCAGUGCAUUGUGGUAAUUCUGACGGACCUGUGACUAAGCCGUACGUUGGUCAAUGCUGCCUUGGAAAGUACCCUGUUGAUGGGGGCUGGUAUAGAGCCGUGAUAUUAUCAACUUCGAGUGACAUAUUGAAACUGAGAUACAUCGAUUAUGGAAACGAGGAUGAAGUGCCAUUUGCAGACGUUCGAGAAAUGACUGAAGAGUUCAUGCAGUUGCCAGCCUUAGGGAUCACAUGCAAGUUACACGACGUUCACAGAGAAGAUCUUGACGCCUCUGCCGGGAAGCAAUGGUUGGAGGAUUCCUGCCUCAACAACGAGUAUUCUUUCAAGUUUAUGACAAAAGCAGAUGCAAAUGGAUGUUUUGAGGUCAACAUGAGUUACCUGGGAAGUGAAGAGACUGUAAAUGACGGAUUAUACAACAAGUUUGCGUUAGAAGAGGAAGCUGUCCCUUUGGAGGAGGCUACCUCCACUUCAUUGCGAGACACUGAUGCAGGUCAAGUCACUACGUCAUCCACUAUGGAGGAAAAAUCUGCCCAUGUAAGUGAUGAGAAAAGGGCGCUGGCAAGAAUGAAAGAAGUUGAACUGGAUGGCUCGCCCAGUAUUGGGGCCAUUUGUUGUUUUGUUGAUGAUGCUCUUCAAGUGCACUGUCAACCUUCAAAUGUACAAGAGGAGUUGGAAAAACUGAUGGUGCACAUAUCGCAUUAUUGCGCAGAAGAAACAGGCCAAGCUACUACGUUUGAAGUCGGCAUGGCAUGCUUUGCCCAGUUUGCGGAUGACAACGAAUGGUAUCGCGCUGAAAUUAUCAAGGUAGAAGGGGACCAGUGUACCGUGCGUUAUGUUGACUAUGGAAACAAAGGGAUUGUAAACAAAAAUCAGAUCAUGGCUAUUACAGAGCCCUUUUUGAAGUUGCCCAAAGCAAGCUUCGCCUGCCUUCUUGAAGGAACAGCAUCGUUCAACAAACAAAAUCUGGCGGUUAAGACAUUUUUGGAGGAGAGACUUUUGGAGGCAGUGGUUGAGGUGGCUGUGAUCGAAAGGGUGGAUGCUGGAGUUUGUAUAGCCAAGGUAUUUGUUGAUGGCCAUGAUGUGAAUGCUUUGGUGCAAACAAAAUUUGUUACCGCCGAUUUGGCAGAAGGAAGCAGCGGUAAAAAGGACAUUGCUCAGGGUGAUAGCUCAGGACAAGAAGUAAUGAAACUAGUGGAUCCAUCUAUUGAGGUGAAAGCGAUGGAAAAUGCUAUUUGUACUCAUAUUGAAUCACUACACCAAGUCUACUGCCAGCUUACAAUCUAUCAACCUGAUCUGGACAUCCUUUCUGAACAAAUGCAGACGUAUUGCAAUGGAGAUGGUGGAAGCCAAGCAGAACCAGUGGCUGGUAAUGUGUGCCUGGCGCGCUUCACGGAGGAUGAAAUGUGGUACAGGGCAGUUAUAACAGAGGUGCUUGAUGGUAAGGUGAAGGUCACUUUUGUUGACUACGGAAACACUGACAUCGUGUCUCUGAAUGCGACACGUGCACUGACUGGCGAUUUCAGUGUUCUUCCUAAGACGUCAAUCAAAUGCAGCCUGCAUGAUGUUCAUAAUGACGAUCUAGAUGUAAAUGCCGCCAUAACAUGGCUGCAGGAAAACGUUCUUGAGCAGGAGCUGAAUGUUGAAGUUGUUGAAAUAAUUGAUGGCACAUACGACUGUAUAUUGUCACAACCCGGUGCAGACGGAACUAUUAAUGAUCAGCUCUAUGCGUUGUUUGAGGUAGCUGUGCAGGAGGGGCGAUGGAGGAAGAUCGUAAAGGAGGCUGCUGUAAAAGAGGCUGCUGUACAAGAGGCUGCUGUAAAAGAGGCUGCUGUACAGGAGGCUGCUGUACAGGACGCUGCUGUAAAAGAGGCUGCUGUACAGGAGGCUGCUGUCGAGGUUACCCAGUCGAAAGAAGCAGGUGACUCCAAGGCAGAUAAAUCAAACUCACUUGAUGCACCUAGUCAAGGUACCAACGUUGAAAUUGCUAAGUUUGACAAGCUAAAUCUAGAGAAAGGUGCCACAGACAAUAUGAUUUGUGUUCAUGUUGAUUCAUUGCACGAAAUGUACUGCCAAUUGUUGCGUUACCAGGCUGAGCUUGAUGCUGUUUCAGAGAAAAUAACACAGUUUUGUGAGACCUCUGCUGACCGGCCUAGAAACUUUGAAGUUGGGAUGGCUUGUUUAGCACAGUUUACCGAGGACGGCGUUUGGUACAGAGCUGAAGUUGUCAACGUAAUUGAGAGUGACGUAGAAGUUCAUUUCGUUGAUUAUGGAAAUAAGGAUAAAGUGUUGAAAGAAAACACUAGAGUAAUAGGAAGAGAGUUUAUGACGCUUCCAGCCACUGCAGUUAAAUGCUCGCUUCAUGAUGUACACAACAAAGACCUUGAUGUCAAUGCAGCAGUACAGUGGCUUCAGACUGACGUGAUUGGACAAGAGUUGACAGGUGAAGUUGUCGAUCAAUCUGAUCUUUUGUAUGAUUAUAUCCUGUUUAAGCCUGGAGCCGAAUGCAACAUUAAUGACGAGCUGUACGCCCUAUUUGCUCUGGAAACAGAAGAAGCACCAGCUGAGCCUAGUAACGCAGAAGAAAAUGUAGAAAAAGUUGAAAACAUAUCCGUUGCUGUGGAAACUAAGGAACAAGAAGUUGUGACACAGUCUGAUGCUGAUAAGGUACCUGCUGUUAGUGAAAUCGCUCAUAGGUUUGUGCAGCCAAAAUUGGAGCUAGGGGCUAAGGAAAGUGUAUUCUCCGUGCAUGUUGACUCAGUCCAACAUAUUACCUGUCAGUUAUCGCGUUUCCAUACUGAGCUCGAAUCCCUUUCGGCAGAAAUAGAGGCGUACUGCGAAAACUCUGUUUCUAACAUUGAAAAUUUUGAAGUAGAACUUGCCUGUUUAGCUAAGUUUACAGAAGAUGGCGUAUGGUAUAGAGCAGAAGUCAAGAGUGUGGAAGAUAAUCAGGUCGGAGUUUAUUUUGUCGAUUACGGAAAUGAAGACAAAGUAACAAAGGAAAACGUCAGGGCUGCGACCAGUCAGUUCACGUCACUUCCGGUAACUUUAAUCGCAUGUCAGUUGCAUGAUGUUUUUGGCGCGGAUAUUGACUUAGAUAGAGCGUUAGUAUGGCUUCAUGAAAUCAUGAUUGAUCAUGGAUUGACUGUAGAGGUGGUCGGUAAGGUGGAUGAUGUUUAUGACUGUAUGUUUUAUAAAGCAGGACACGAAGCGUCAAUUAACGACUUGCUGUACGCAAAGUUUGAUAGGCAGGCUGCAGAGGAAGAGCAGGAGGAAUCAAAAAUUGAGACAACAGGAGAUGUCAUGCCUGAAUCCGAAGCUACAGCAUCAUCUGGACCAUUGAACGUCAAGGCGGAGGAAUUUGUUCCGACUUCCUUGUCAAGUGCCGGGAAAUCAUCUUUAAAAUGUAUCAAGUCUCGGGUCAUUGAACCAGAUUGUUCUCUUCUUCUGCAUUUGUCCCACCCUGUGUCUCCUUCUUUGUUUUGGUGCCAGUUUGAUGAUACGGCGUGUGAACUGAUAGGUCUUAUGAGCAACAUACGUUCUCGCUAUUCCCAAGGUGACAUGUCUGGCUUCUCACAAGCCCCAGAAGCCGGCACAAUCUGUUGCGCGCGAUUCUCAGAAGACAAUGAGUGGUACCGUGGGGAAGUGGUUAAUAUUUGCGACGAGGAAAGCUGCAUGGUUAAGUUCAUAGACUAUGGAAAUAUCGACGGGGUCCACUUGGAUCAUAUGAGACAGCUAGAGCCGGAAUUCUUCGAUCUGCCACGGCAGGCCGUGAAGUGCAGUCUGCAUGGUGUUAAAGCAAUAGAUGCUGGUUGGUCGGAAGAGUCAAUCGAUGAAUUUUUGGAUAUUUGCGGAAGGAAAGUGCUCGAGGUUGAUGUUUUACACAAAGAAGAUGAUGUGUUAGAUGUAAUUAUUAAAGUUCCUGACAUCGAGUCGACUGUCAACCAGUUUAUGAUUGAAAAGGGUUAUGGAAUCAAAGACAUUAACAAAACCAAUGGUGUUUGCUAUAGGGAGAGUUUCAGGCAGAUGGAUGAUGAAUUGCAGCAAUUUUAUAGCUCAAGCCAACAUGACAGUCUCAAUCUGGUAAACAUGAAUGUUGGCCAAUUCUGUUGUGCAAAAUUCUCAGAAGAUAAAAGAUGGUAUAGAGGCACCAUAAAGCAAUUGCAUGGGGGCAACAGGUGUGAAGUGCAGGCUGUUGAUUACGGACACAGAGAAGUGUUCCCGGUUUCAGUGAUAAAGGAAUUACUCACCAAAUUCCAUAAUCUCCCAGUUAUAGGUCUCCAUUGCGGUCUCCGUGGUAUCAAACCAGCUGACCAGGAAGCUGCAUUUGAUGAAGAAAUUGUAAAGAAAUUUGAAGACAUGAUCAUAGAUAAAGAUUUAGUAGGCCUUGUAAAUACAGUUGAGGACUCAGGGAAAGUCCUUUUAACAAUUUAUGACACAACAGAAUCAAGGGAUGGGGUAAAUGUCAACAAAGAGCUUGGUAAAUUAAGCAAAGUAGUAUUUGAAAAAAGCAAAGAGGAAUCUUCUGGAAGAAGCUUCAGUUCACAAAGUGUUGGUCAAGCAAAUGUGCAGCUACAUUUUGUGGGUAUGAGUUUGAACCCAGGUGAUGCUGAAGUUGGCUAUGUAGCAUUCGCAGUAUCACCAUUUGAUUUUAGCUGCCAGGUAGCGAAGAAUCUUACAAACCUGGAUAGCAUGAUGAAUGAUUUGAAUAAUGAGUAUGCCAGUUUGAAGCCAGGACAACAGAAACUGCAGAUAUUUCAACCAGGAACUCCAUGUUGUGCAAGGUACAGUGAAGAUGGCAGGUUCUACAGAGCAGAGCUGGUCAAAGUUGAAGGUCUGAAUGCAAAGAUAUUCUUUGUUGAUUAUGGAAAUGAUGAACAAUGUAGAGCAGACGAGUUGAAACAUUUAAAAAAGGAGUAUCUAAAGCUACCGAAGCAGGCUUUCAAGUGCAAACUUUCUGGAAUUGAGAUUCCUGCUAGUGGCAACUUUUCACUAGAUGCAUGCAAGAAAUUCAAUGAUAUGGUCAUUGACAAAGAGUUUACCAUCAGUAUCAUGCAAAUUGACUCUGACGGUUGUGCAGAAGUAAGCUUAGUGGAAAAAAAUGACAGCAAUGUAGCAAGGUUUGAUGCAGCAGAGGUGUUAAUUGAAUCUGGCUUAGCUUCACAGGCAAAAUCCAGUUUCACAGGAAACCUUGGACCGACAGUAACCAAUAAGCCAUAUACAGAAGUUGAAGUUCCAAUUGGUGACUAUGUAGAUGUGAUGCCAACAAGUGUUGUCUCACCAGACCAGUUUUGUUGCCAGCUCUUUGAGAAAUCUGAUGUAAUUGAUGAUAUGAUGGCAGAGCUGGAAAAUGCCUAUAAAAAUAGCCAGGUACCAAGGAACAUGCAGUUGAGGAACGGGAUGCCUUGUGUUGCCUUAUAUCCAGUUGACAAUCUUUGGUACAGGGCAGUUUUGGUACGUGCAGUAGGCCAACAGGUUGACGUCAGCUAUGUUGAUUAUGGUAACAACGAAACAGUCUCACGUGACAACAUCAGACCAAUGUAUGCAAAGUUUAUGUCAUUGCCAGCGCAGGCCUUUGUUUGUUCGCUUGGUGACGUCAGACCCAAAGACAGCAGUGGUUGGUCAAAAGCUUGUAUAACUGAGUUUUCCAAUAUGGUCGUUGAAAAGCAGUUGAUCGUUUUGGUCAAGAGAAAAGACAAAAGCAACUUACAUCACGUCGAAUUACUGGACACUUUAACUAAUCGAGAAAAACAAACAAGUAUCGCGGAAUUGUUGAUAGAAAAAGGUUUUGCACAGGCCGUUGCUCCAACCCAGGGUGCAGCUAGCUCUGUGGGUGCGGCUAGCUCUGCAGGUGGGCCUGUCCAAGGUUCUUCAUCAGAGAUCCCAACUGUCAAUGUCAAAGAACAAGAAGAUGUUGAGAUCACGUUUGUCGAGAACCCAUCUUCGUUCUUUUGUCAGCAAACAUCUGCAGCCGAAAAAGUGGAGAUUUUAAUGGGAAAAUUGGAAGAUACAUACGUGAAUAUUGGGCCUAAUGAUUUAAAGAUGACGUCACCGAAACAAGGAAGCCUUUGUGCGGCAAAGUUCAGUGAAGACGGGGCCUGGUACAGAGCGAGGAUCGUAAAAGUUGUCGAUAGAGCGAAAGUUGAAGUUCAGUACAUUGAUUACGGGAACUGCGAGGUGGUUGCAUUGAAUGAUUUGAAAGAGUUGAAGGGGGAAUUCCUGAAAGAUGCGGCCUAUGGUCUACACUGUUCGUUAGCUGGGAUAUCAUCUACAUCAGGAAACUGGGAAAAAUCCAGCGUCGAUCGAUUUAAAUCAAUGCUCGAUUACAAAGUACUCAGCGCCAAGUUUCAUACAAAACAACCCCCAUAUCAAGUCUCGCUUUUCGAAGAUGGAAAAAGCCUUGCUGAGACAGCUCUUGGUCAAGGUAUUGGGAUCGCAGCAGCUUCGUCAAAUCAAAACCAGGGGUACAACAAUCGUAAGUUAGAUGUUGGCGCAGUGGAAAGCGUCUACGUGGCACACAUUAAUGGCAUGAGUAACAUAUACUGUCAAUUGACACGAACAGAGAAUGAUUUGUAUGCCUUAAUGGAUGAAAUCGCAAAGAAGGUCAACAAUUUGCCAAAAGUCUCAUCUGUGACAACCGGAAAAGCAGUUUGUGCCAUGUUUAGUGAAGACAAUGGAUGGUAUCGCGGAGAAAUCGAGGAUGCACGUGGAAGCGGCUCAGCCCGAGUUCGUUUUGUAGAUUACGGCAAUUUCGAAGAGGUGAAGAUGGCAUCAUUACGAGAAUCGGCAUCGGAAUUUCUAGAGCAACCAAAGCACGCCCUUCUAUGCUCAAUAGACGACGGCAAUUUAAUGUGGAAAGAUAAUGCGGCAGAUCUCCUACUGCAAUUGACUGGAGACAAGGUAAUCAGUAUGGCUGUGAAGGCGAAACAGGGUGGGAAAUACCUGGUCGAGCUUCGUGAUGAAUCUGGCAUGGCCUUAACCUCAAAACUUGCAACGCAGAAGAACUCCCCCGCUGGUCCUCAGAGAGAUGUACGUCAGCCUCUAAGGAAUUCAGCAAGUGCAAGACUGCCUCUUCCAAAGCCCAAGACAGGUGUCGAGAUUAGUUUUUACGUCACACAUGUAGACUCUCUAUCUGAAAUAUACAUUCAAGACGCUUCAGAUACCGAUAAGAUUGACGAGCUCAUGCAAAAGCUUGAAGAAGUCCCAAAGGAAAAAGCCGGUAUCCAAACUGUAGAACCCGGGCUCCCAUACAUUGCUAUUUUCUCAGAAGACCAGGCACCGUAUCGAGCGGUAGUUGAGAAGAAGACCGGUUCAAAUGUAACAGUCCGGUUCGUCGAUUACGGGAAUGCGGAAGAAAAGAGCAUCAGUGAACUUUUCCGAUUACCUCAAGACAUGUUGAACAUCCCGUCGUUUUCCAUCAAAUGUUCCUUGAAAGACGCAAAGAUGCCAUCCAAUGAGAGCGGUCUGGAGAAAUUCAGAGAGAUUGUUUUUGACAAAACGCUGAAAGGUACGGACCAUUGUUUUUGUUAGCUAAAAACUGUACAGUUACAAGAUUGUGGGCUGUUAUACAGGUUCGUUGGCCUCUGCAUUAUCUCUCGCCCCCCCCCCAAUUUUUAAUUCAUGUCGUUAACCAUGUAAUAACCUGAAACUUCCAUAUUUGAUAAUGAUGCUUUGAUAAUAGAUGCUUUGAUUUUCUCGCGCAUGCGUUAUUGAAAACGAGGUUAGAGGUGGAACAUUCCCGGAAAAUAUUCACGCAAGUAGUAAACUCUCCUUCUUCUGGAACUUCGCGAUCGCUUAAAAUGCUGGCCUCUAAGACGAAACUUGUGAAGGAUGUUAAACGUAGUGGGACUGGUGCUUACUGCGCUGCUGUUAACUGCAAUAACAACAGAAAGUCAUGCCCCAAUCUUCAGUUCUACCGUUUCCCAUCGGACGAAAGCCGGUGAGUAGGCCUAAAUUUAAUUCGCUUCAACAGGAUCUUCUUGUUUCAACGUAAAACACUCGAACUUUUUAAAGAAAUUAAUUCAUAUUUAUUGAUUAAAAGAUCUUUUUUACUUUAUAGAUGCAGAAAAUGGGUACAAAAUAGCAGGCGACAGGAUCUGCUUAACAAGUCAACCGCCUACUUGAACAAAAAUUGCUACGUUUGUUCCAAACAUUUUGAAAAGGAAUUUUUGCCAAAAUUCGUUAACGCAAGGUCCCGAUUAUCAAAGAAUGCAAUCCCCACCCUUUUUGAUGUCCCAAAUCCCCCGCCAAUAGUUGGAAGUAAAAGAGCCCCCCCAAAGCCAAGACAACCAGGUAAACAUACAAAUAUUCCUUCAUAUGUUGUAAAACACGUAAGAUGAGCUUGUAAGUUUAGUUCAAUUACUUCUAAAAUUUGUUUGUAUUUUUUCCUUUUUUAUGGUCUUUGCUAGCCUAUUGUCUCAACACUAUAGCUAUUUUGCAAAAAAAUAGAGUUCCUGACCGAAAAGGGUUGUUUUACCUAUACAAGCAUUUUAUUGUGUUUUUAGGUAUUUCAAAAAAACAAAAAUUGGACCUGGAUAACUAUGGAACUGGUGAUAGAUUUGAUAAAUGUAAGUGUUGACAUUUUCUUAAUCAACUUCUGCAACAAAAAUCUACAUCAUAAAUUUUGGUAUCUUAUUGUUUGCACUUUUUGAAAUAUUGAAUGUAAUUCCGUUUUUUCGCAUUUUGUAACUUUACUGUUAUUUUUUCAAAUAUGAAAUGAUUGAUAGAUUGCAAAUGUAUACUCUGCAUUUUGUUAGGUAACCCUGAUGAAAUUGAAGAGGAUAGCACACCUAUAGAGGCUGCUGAUCAAAGCAAGUACAAUUAUAUUUUUUUUAAGAAGCUGCUUUUCAUAAAUCUUAAUUAUCAAAUAUUUUAUUUGCAGACAUUUUAAUUAAAAAUGGCCUAAUAUGAUUGUUGCUGACUACUGACAUCUCUGUUGAAUCAUUGUAUUUUUUAGGGAAAGAUGAGUCACCUUCAUCAACAAAUGGAGAAAAUAACAAAUAUUGUCAGUUUUCCCAAACCCCUGCUCAAUUUACUAUCAACACCCCAAGGAAAAGAAAACUCAGAUCCCUUUUGAAGAAAAAACGCAACAAAAUAGCCCUUUUAUCAAAGAAAUUGUCAUUUGGAAAGAAUCUCUGUUCAUCCUCCCCCCUUAAGAAAAACAAGAAGCGUGCAAUGAAGGCCUUGGAAUUACUAGAUGGAGUUAUUUCUCCUGAACUUCAUAAUUUUCUUAAAUGCCAAAUCAAAUUGUCCUCUCAGAAACCAAAAGGUUGUAGAUAUGAUGAUGCUUUUAAAGCAUGGGCACUCAAUUUGUACCACAUCAGCGGGAAAUCAUAUAGAUUUCUUGCUAAAUUGUUCCAUUUACCUACCAAAAGAACUCUCACUCGAAUGGUCUCUAGAUUUGCAUCUGAAGCUGGUUUCUCAGAGAAAUCUCUUUAUGUGGUAAAGGAAAGGAUAGCUUCAAUCCCUGAAAGUGCAAAGAUAUGUUCUCUUAUGAUGGAUGAAAUGUCUCUAAAGAGUCAUCUUUUCUAUGACAUAUCUAAUGACCACAUUGUAGGUUUGGAAGAUUAUGGUAGUGGAGAAAGUUCAGGUCUUCCUGCCACUUCUGCACUUGUUCUAAUGGUCAGAGGUGUCCUUUUCAACUGGAAGCAGCCAAUUGCAUAUUUUCUUGUAAAUGAAUCAAGUGGAAGUAGCCAGUUGAAAAAAAUCCUUGCUGAAGCUCUAAAUAAUUUGGAGUCAUUGGGUUUAGAUGUUGUUUCUGUUGUGUCUGAUCAGGGUUCUAAUUUUUUAAAAUUGUUUAAGACACUUGGUGUCACUGAAGAUCGUCCUUUCUUUUAUAUGCAAGGAAAGAAGUAUUUUACAAUAUUUGAUCCUCCCCACCUUCUGAAAUCUGUCAGGAACAACUUGAUGAAAUAUGAUGUUGGAUUUGAUGGGAAAGUUGCAAGCUGGAAUGACAUAAAAUCCUUCUUUGAGAAAGACCAGAAGCUACCAAUCAGGGUUGCUCCUAAACUGACUGACAGGCAUUUAAACCUAAAUGGGUUUUUGAAGAUGAAAGUUAAACUUGCAUCUCAAGUUUUUAGCCACUCUGUGGCUGCAGGUAUUUCCACUUAUGUGGCAUUAAAUGGUCUUCCAGACACAGCUCUUGGCACUGCACAAUUUGUUUCUCAAAUGGAUACCAUCUUUGAUUGCUGUAAUUCACUUAGUUUCCGGGAUCCAAAGUUUUGUCGCAGGCCUUUCUCUCCUACCUCUCCACAUCUGUCAGAGCUAAAAAAAGGAAUAAGGUUCUUCUCAUCCUUGAAAUUUUUUAACAGAGCCACAGGUGAAGAUCGAACAGACAAUUUGAAGUGUUUGACAGGUUGGAAAGUCUCUUUAAAGGCUAUUUUGUCCCUGUGGGAAAAAUUAUACCAUGAAGGUAUUGCAUCUUUUUUAGUUACCAGGCAACUAAAUCAAGAUCCUCUUGAAAACUUCUUUGGCUCUAUAAGACAGCAAGGUGGUAACAAUGAUAAUCCUACCCCUGUCCAGUUCAAGAGGGCUUACAGAAAGCUUUUUCACUCAAAUUUGCUACAUGUUGCCAGUGGCAAUUGUGAGGAAGACAAAGAUGAGCCUCUAACAAACUUAUCUGUCCUUAAUGAAAUUGCACGCAAUGAUAUCCACUUGCAGUCUAAUGCAUUGCAAUUAAUAUCACCAGACUACAGGACAGAUAAUAUUCAGAGCCAUAUUAUAAGUGAAAAUGCUAUCGCCUAUGUGGCAGGCUACUUACUGAGGAAAACAUUUAAUAAACAUAAAUGUGAUACCUGUGAAAAGGCUGUGGUGAAUGAUACCACUAACAACAUCAGACAUACUUUUCUGCACUUUAAAUCUUAUGAAGCAAAUUCCUCUUCUCAUGGAGGACUGAUAGUGCCCUCUGAAAGUAUGCUCCAGUACGUUGUUGAAUUGGAAGAUCAAUUUGUAGGCUACUUUUCCAGCCUAAAGAAAACAAAAGGAGUUGGAAAUGAGCUUCUUGACAUCCUGGAUAGAGUCACUCUUCAACAACCAUGUGCUUCAUUUGCAAAAAAAUAUCUUCUUAUGUUAUUUAUUAGAAUGCGUAUAUAUUAUUGCUUAAAAUUUGCAAACAGAGAGUUAAAGUCAUCAAAAAGAAAAAAUAGAAAAUAUUUAAAAAUAGUCCAUCUGUAGAUCAGAACUUCUUUGCAUCUUCACAAAGCCUUACAUUAUUUGAAUUCUUAACACCAUUAUCCUAUGCCAUAUUAUAUUUUCUUUUAUCAGUUAUC